AUGCACCUCGUCGCUCUUGUAACGGCAUUGCUCACUGCAUCUGCAACAGCGCAACACAUUGGGGAACAGCGCGCAUCUAAAGCCAAAGGUCUCCGAGGAGAUCUACUUGCGCGCGAUGGCUGCUCGGGUCCUGCAGUAGGCCGUCCUACCACUUGGUGGCGAGCUGCAAUCCAACACAAUGGAUCAACGCCUACCGCCGGAGAUACUACUUACCAAUACUACCGUACGGUCAUCCAGUAUGGCGCGGAUAACACAGGCGCGGAAGACUCAUCCGAGGCGUUCAACAAGGCCAUCAACGCAUGGAAUCGGACUGGAAAUACUGUCACGACGAUGCCAGCCUACAUCUAUGUGCCACCAGGCAAAUACAGGAUCAAGGCAUCAGUGCAGAUGCUCGUUUCAACCUAUCUGAUUGGAGAUCCGAUAAAUAUACCUACACUGAUAGCAGACCCGGAGCUACAGGAAGACCCAGUCAUUCAUGGAUAUGAUUCACACCAAGGAGAUGGCUCCGCGACGAAGAAUUUCUACAUGGCUACAUUCAAAGGAGGAGCGGUAGGAAUUCAGCUCAGAAACCAGCAAUACAACUUCAAAGGCCUCACGUUCGAUGGGUGUGGCAUCGGCAUCAACAUCACAUCAGUGUGGGUCGCUACCUUCCAGGAUAUCACUUUCGCCAACUGCGACUAUGGGAUCAACACAAGCACUGCCGUUGGUGCUAUUUCAGUCGUGGAUUCCUCCGUGAGUAACUGCGACGCAGGUGUUCAUGCCUUUGUCUCUGGAGGCGGGCAAGGCUCUCUCACGCUGGAGAACUUCCACUCUGACAGUGGUACGGUUGCCGUCAAGUCUCUUGGUGGUGAUGUUUUACUUCAGGACUCGGUCCCAGCUGGUCAGAGUUGGAUUAUGGGCAAUGUGAAUCCCGGAGGUCGCCAAAAUGGCAAGUCUCAUCAGGUCAAUAGACCAGCAUCGCUGCUUUCGAACGAUAAGUACUUCACUACAGCUGCGCCCCAGUAUGAGAGCUACGAUAUAAGCGAAGUCAGAAGUUUGAUGGGGGACCCUGAAUACCCUGUCUAUGGCGAUAAUGCGCAUAAUGAUGGACCCAACAUCAACGCAGUAUUGAGAAAAUAUGCGGGUUGCAAGAUCAUCUUUGUCCCUCAAGGAAUUUACGUCACCGAGGAGACUAUUCACAUCCCGUCAGGAACUCGCUUGGUUGGAGAACAACUUAGUACUUUCACGGGGAACGGUUCAGCAUUCUUGAACCCCGACAGGCCAACGCCCAUUUUCGAGAUCGGAAAUCCUGGCGACAAGGGAUCGGUGCAGAUCUCUGACAUCCUUGUCGAGGUGUCUGAUGUAUUGCCAGGAGCUAUCUUGAUGCAGGUAAAUAUGGCCGGCAACAGUGCUGGAGAUGUGGCUGUCUGGAACACCGUCCUCCGGGUCGGAGGCUCACGACACACGCGUAUAAGUACCGACUGUACAGAGCCGGAUACCUCAACUUGCAAAGCUGCGUUCGCAUUGCUGCAUGUCACUAGCACUGCAUCAUUGUAUGCUGAGAACCUCUGGGGCUGGGUGGCCGAUCACGGGCUUGAUGGGCCUGAGGCGCAAAAUAUCGCGGUAGGCCGGGGAGCACUGAUUGAGAGCACACAACCUACCUGGCUUGUCGGGUCUUCGUUCGAACAUUGCACUUUGUAUCAGUAUUCUUUAAAUAAGGCGUCCAAUGUCUAUAUUGGACUCCAGCAGACGGAAGCUCCUUACUGGCAAGGACAAAAUCAGCCGAACUACGCUCCCGCACCAUGGACACCCAAUACCACGUAUGGUGAUCCGACAUUCGCCAAUUGCGCCGACCAAGGUGCCUCGGGGAACGGUCAGUGUUACCGGGCCUGGGGCCAUCACGCCGUGGACAGCAGCAAUGUAAUCGUCCACGGGUCGGCGCUCUGGGUUUUCUUCAACGGCAUGAACAACAACAAAUGGCAAGGUGCCGACUGCAAAGACUAUGGCUACAUAUGCGAGGUCAACAUGAUAUAUCUGAGCGGUGCAAAAUCAACCUUCAUGUACUCACUCAGCAGCAAGUCCACAGCAAAUCUUUUAUAUGACGCUACUGACGGAGACGUGGACUUGACGACACAAGAAGACAACCAAGGCGGCUGGGGCGCUGUACUUGCUGCAUACCUCAGGAAUUCGGGCGUGGAAGCAGAUAGUUCCGAGGAGUCGCUAGCAGUCGUGAGCGCCUUGCCUUCUCUUGCACUAGUUAUGUCUUCAACACUCUUUAUGGUCCUGGGACUUUGUUGA